CCUCCUUAUAAAGCAAGCAGUUGCAAAGGUCAAAACAUUAUUCAACACAACUCUUUCUGCUUUCAGAACCACCGCUGAAGUCUGCUCACCGGGGCAAUGGCGUAUCUCCCAAAGCUUUUCAAGUACAUAGAUGACAAUCAAGAGUUGUACGUAAAACGCCUCGCAGAAUGGGUGGCAAUACAGAGUGUGUCUGCGUUGCCCGAGAAGAGAAGCGAAACUAUCCGAAUGGUGGAGUUCGUCGGCAAGGAGAUAGAGAAACUGGGUGGAUCAGUGGAGCUGGCCGAUAACGGGCAACAAACGCUGCCUGAUGGAUCAAAGAUUCCGCUUCCACCAAUCCUGUUGGCCACACUGGGCAGUGACCCAGCCAAGAAAACCGUGUGCAUCUAUGGGCAUCUGGAUGUUCAGCCUGCUCAAAUUGAAGAUGGAUGGGAUUCUGAGCCCUUUAAGUUGGUGGAAAAAGAUGGAAAAUUAUAUGGCCGAGGUUCCACUGAUGACAAAGGACCAGUGUUGGCAUGGCUGAACUGUAUCGAAGCUCUCCAAAAGCUCAAGGAGGAAGUUCCAGUUAAUAUCAAGCUCUGCUUGGAAGGAAUGGAAGAGUCUGGGUCAGAAGGUCUCGAUAACCUGGUGUACAGCCGGAAGGACACAUUCUUCAAGGACGUGGAUUUCGUCUGCAUUUCCGAUAACUACUGGCUAGGCAAGAAGAAACCCUGUAUAACUUAUGGUCUCCGGGGCAUAGCCUACUUCUUUCUAGAGGUUGAAUGCUCCGAUAAGGAUCUGCACUCAGGUGUCUUUGGCGGCACGAUACAUGAAGCAAUGAUUGACCUGAUUUAUUUACUGGGCAAAUUGGUGGACAAAACUGGAAAGAUCCUUGUUCCUGGUAUUUAUGAAUCAGUGGCACCACUUACGGAUGAGGAAAAGAAACUGUAUGAUAAAAUAGACUUUGAUAUUGAAGAGUACUGCAAGGAUGUGGGAGCCUGUCAACUACUGCACAGCACAAAGAGACCAAUUCUGAUGCACCGAUGGAGAUACCCGUGCUUGUCAUUGCAUGGAAUUGGAGGGGGCUUUUGCUGGUGCAGGAACUAAAACAGUCAUUCCAGGAAAGUUACUGGGAAGUUCUCUAUUCGAUUAGUGCCCAACAUGGAUCCAGAAGUGGUUGAGAAGCAGGUUGUGGAUUACAUCCAGAAGCUAUUUGCUGAGCGUGGAAGUCCAAACACAAUGAAAGUUUACAUGAGUCAAGGUGCCAAAGCUUGGCUGUCUGACUACAACCACCCCCACUAUACAGCCGGCAGGAAUGCAAUGAAAACAGUGUUUGAGGUUGAACCAGAUAUGACCAGAGAAGGCGGAAGCAUUCCAGUUACCUUGACGUUCCAAGAAGCUACUGGAAAAAAUGUUAUGCUACUGCCAAUUGGAGCGGCAGAUGAUGGCGCUCACUCCCAGAAUGAAAAGAUUAACCGAACCAACUAUAUUCAGGGAAUCAAGAUGCUGGGUGCUUAUUUCCAUGAGAUUUCCUGUUUGAAGUGAGGACAGUUCUGGAUUUAUGAACUGCUGAAGUGCUUUCCACAGCACUGCAUCCAAUAAGAUUCCUUCAAUCAUAAGCUCUGCAGAGCCAGAUCAAGAAACAGUGAUUUGUUAUUGAAGAAGCUAGUUUAUGUAAUUAAUUUGUAAAAAAGAUAACAGCUUUGGUUUUGAUUGUAAUGUAAAUUUUGAAUAUACAUUUUCAUGUUUACUGCCUGGGAAGUUGAUGAAAGUAAAUUCUGCAAUAUCUUCCACCAAAUAGGAUAAGUGCUUGAAUUGUGAAAAUUCCACGGACUUUAGAGGGGAAGUUGACUAAUUGGGUAAGAUUAGCUGAACACCUCCUCCUCACACUUUUGUUCUGUUAUUCAAUAAACAUAUACCUGAAUUUAAUAAA